GUAGAGAAAAUGCCUGAACCCGCCAAGUCAGCGCCCAAGAAGGGCUCCAAGAAAGCCGUGACCAAGACCGCCGGCAAGGGCGGCAAGAAGAAGAGAAAGACCAGGAAGGAGAGCUACGCCAUCUACGUGUACAAGGUGCUGAAGCAGGUCCACCCCGACACCGGGAUCUCCUCCAAAGCCAUGAGCAUCAUGAACUCGUUUGUCAACGACAUCUUCGAGCGCAUCGCUGCUGAGGCGUCUCGCCUGGCCCACUACAACAAGCGCUCCACUAUCACCUCCAGGGAGAUCCAGACCGCAGUGCGCCUGCUCCUCCCCGGUGAGCUGGCCAAGCACGCCGUGUCUGAGGGCACCAAGGCCGUCACAAAGUACACCAGCUCCAAAUAAACUGGAUCUCAGACGUCAACACAACGGCUCUUUUCAGAGCCACACACUAAACUAACGAGCAUAAUUUCUACCGUCAAACAUACUGCAUACUGUGUUGCAACUAGAAUCGCGGAUGUUCACCUCCGUGUCACUGGGUGGUAUUAAUCUGCAUUACUGAACCCUGUCUACAGAAACGUGUUCCUGCUCUUUACUUUGUGGAAAGACAAACUCACUACAAUCAUAAUUAGUGCGACUUUGUAUUAAACACUUGUGUUUGUUCCAAGUAUAAUUCUUCGGUUUAUUUAUUCCUGAU